AUGGAAGAGAGAAAAUUUUAUAGUAAACUGUGUGUUGCUAGAAGCCUUAAAUCUUCUGUCGGUAAAAGAUGUUUAAAUGAAUUUGUUCCAUCUGGCUGGGACAAACUUUCUUAUAAUUUAGCAACAAUACUAGUGAAAGAUAAAGUAGUUGUUGCAGUAAACUUGAGAGUCUUAUCCAACAGGUGUGAAAUUUCCAUUGCUAAGGAUGGUGUUUGGCUUGAAGAAGAUCAUAAAUAUGUUAACAAAAUUAAAGAAACCCUGGCAAAUAUAUCUAAAGAUGCUCCCAUGACAUUCAAACAGACACAUAGCAGAGAGGAUAUGAUAGAUUUAUCUUCAACUAUAUUGAAUUACUGUUCUAAAAUAAUCAGGAAUAGAUCAGAUAAACUUAGGAAAAGUAUAACCGAGAAUAAAGAUGAAAAUUAUAUUAAGUCUUUUUUAGAGUUUGUUAAGACUAGAAUCAAUGUUGAUGACAUAUACAAUGAUGAGAAAAUAGUUUCUAUAUCCACUGUUUGUUGCGAGUGGGAUCAUGCGUUGAAUCUUUGUUUGGUAUCACAAAUUUUGUAUGUAAAACAAAAUACACACUUAUUUUCUCAUAUGGAUUUGCAAUUAUUGGAUCCUGUUGUGAUGAUUCAACCCAUUUUACCAUGGAAUGAUAUUGUCAAAGAAUUUGUUGAUCAAGUAGAAUAUGGAUAUUUAAAGGAAGCAUGUUUGAAAGAUUCUAUGAUAAAGAGAAAUCUAAAACAUAUAUAUGGUGGCAUAAAUGUGGAACUGAAUUGUGAAAGUUCUAAUGAAAUAUAUUUACACCCGAUAUUGAACAUAUUGACCAGCGUAAUGAAUCAUGAAGAGAAAAGGAUUUUUAUAGCAGUUUCAAAGAGAACUUGUUUUUUAUGUGAUUUGUAUAUCAGAUUCGUACGAGACAAAGGAUAUAAUAUUAUCUUUUCUGGAUCACAAAAGUUUUAUAAGAAGUUAUAUAAUCGAUGGAAACUUCCAGAUAGGUACAAGGAAGAAUUCAUGUCAUUUGCUCAACUGGAACUCGAUCAGAUCAUAGGUAAUGAAAUAAAAUACGAAUUAAUAUAUGAUUCAUCUGAUGAUGAGGCAUUAAGUAUGGAGUAUGAUGAAAAAGAAUUCGAAAGGUUUAAGAAUAUGCCAUUUAUUCGACUUUAA